GUCUACUUGCGGAGGAGACGACGGAGAAGCAAAUGCGUAGGAGGAUCAGUCGUGGGACGUGAGCCUCUUGUCGUCCCUAAUAUAGUUUAUGUAAGAUUUCGCUGCCGGAUUUUUCAUCAUAAAAGGGGAAAUCUGGCGAUUAACCAACAUAUCUGACGAUGGCUGAGUCAAGUGGAAGAUACCAGCAGCUGCCCAAUGAGGAAGAACCAGAGGAUGCGCCACAGGUUGCCGCUGAUGCCCCUCCCCCAUACAGCAGUAUAGCUGCAGACAGCGCAGCCUAUUUUGAUUACAAAGAAGAUGGGCCAUUCCCCAAGCCUCCAUCCUACAACGUGGCCACAACACUGCCAUCCUAUGACGAGGCAGAGCGGCUCAAGGCCGAAGCCACCAUCCCCUUGGUUGCAGACAGAAGCCGGGAGCGGCUGACCACUUUCGAUGAUGUAACACGCAGUGCACUGGAGGAUGACGACUUUGCAACCAGGGAUGAUUUUGAUGACGCUGACCAGUUGCGGAUAGGGAAUGAUGGCAUCUUCAUGCUGACUUUCUUCAUGGCAUUCCUCUUCAACUGGAUUGGCUUCUUCCUCUCCUUUUGCCUCACCACCUCGGCCGCGGGCCGCUACGGUGCCAUCUCUGGGUUUGGCCUCUCACUCAUCAAAUGGAUUCUGAUCGUCAGGUUCUCAGCGUAUUUCCCAGGCUACUUUGAUGGCCAGUACUGGCUGUGGUGGGUGUUCCUGGUUCUCGGGUUCCUGCUUUUCCUCAGAGGGUUCAUCAAUUACGCAAAAAUUCGCAAAAUGGCAGACUCCUUCUCUCCCCUGCCCCGCACUCGAGUCCUUUUCAUCUAUUAAGGCUGCAAGUUGCCAUGAAACACGGAGCUACUGGCAGCCUUCAAUGAGACUUGUAUGCUUCAGAACAGCGUUUAAACACCUCUGGAAAAAAAAGAAGAAAAACAAAAUGUGACAAAGAAAAACAAAACAAAUCAAGUCCAACUCUGUAAUUUGCUGAUAGAACUUCAUCCCUACUGAAGGGAGGGAGAUGUUCUUUCCGGAAACUUGCUGUUUCCACAGGAAUAAAAUGAUUCUCUUUCUAUGUUUCUAGAUGUAUACCAGUACAGUGAAUGCUGACAACUCUGUAACUCAUCCAAUCAUUAGUUGUUAACAUUAAGUGCUAUUUGCUAUCAAGUCUGUGAGGUUAAAAAAAAAUCAGUAUGAAAAGAAAAUAAUGCCUUAUGUAUAUGAUCUGUUUGUAGUCCUGGCAUGCACUUUGCCCUAGUUAGCCAUUAGGGGGCAGUAUUGUUUUGAUGAUUUUUUUUCCCCACGUGCAUUGUGGUACACUGUUAACAUGGAGGUGGGAUCAAAGUGAGUUUUUUGUUGGAGGCAACAUGAGACAAAUUUGUAAUGUCUAACAGUGCUGUUUUCUUGCUUUCUGUACAUUACUUCAGUUGCUCAUCUGAAGCUGUUACUUGCAAUGAGGUUACUAUGACCGGGAAGAAUUUGCCCUCGUGUUUAAAGAGCACAAAUGAAAUUAUGUAUGAAAGUAUACCUAUGCCAAGCAAGUGAUUGAGAGAUCUAUUGGCUAUUCUUCUGUACUUAUUCUCCAUAAGUCAUAUGGAGCUUCACAUUUGUUUGCCAUCGAUUACUGUUUUUGGGCUCAUCAGUCUUCUCUUUGACUUUUUGGAUGAUGUAGGAGGGCAAGAGGAAAGCCAGUACUAGGACAUGUGACAUAAGACAAAAGCUUUUUGCCAGGUUUUUAUUGUGAUUUACAUGAUAUUGCUUUUUGUCAGUGAUCUGUUGUACAUGCCUUGUCAAGGUUUUUAUAGUAGUUCAUAUCAUGAUGAGUUUUGAGUGGUAGGGUUGAUGUAAUAAAACAGCUUUGAUCGAACAUGUAUUUGCAAGCACAGUGCCGUGCUCCCCCUCCACCUCUCUAGAAAUGUACUUUAAUCUUCAAGUUUCAAAGCCUGCUCAAUGUUAGGUACAAGGCAAUCUGAGUAUACAUUGGCAAAGUAAUGUUAAAACAUAAAAUAGGGAGUAGAGUUGUGGGUACGAUAAUGCUCCAAGAGAGCAGGGAUAACUUUCUCUUCGCCAAACUUUCCCGAGGCACUCUGAAGUGGACGGACGGCUCUGCCGCCGCGUCUCCUCUCGUCCGUGAAGGUGUCCUCCCUGUUGUCCCCGUCUCCAGCCUCCAGCACAGACGCCUCUGAGGGCAUCCCCAACUGCGACGGCAGCCGUGGAACUGAGCAUGCUUUUUACUGUGACUGUGUCGUGAGUUCUUAUUUCACUUCCUCCUCCUCCUCUGUUGCCCUGCCUGGUCCAACGUGGAGGAGGGCCCCUGGGCCUUGGGCGUGCAGGAGCGCACGGAUACACACAUGUAGACGACUGUAAAUACCAUGUCAAUGCAACUAAAGAUCACUUGUGUUGCCAA